UUGGUUUUUUUUUUUUUUUUUUUUUUUUUUUUUGCCGAAGUUCCUAGUACAGAAUAUAAUUAUUCUUAGUGAAGUGAACAUACUGUCAGUCAACCUGGAGCUAAAGCAACUAACAGGAGAAACUUAAUCAAGUGAAGCUAUUAAAAGUUCACGUAACAUACAGUUUGUUAGCCUGUAGGAGGAAGACCAUACCGUCUGUGGACACCUUCUCUAAGCUUGUCUAACUGAGGACAGAAAGACUGAAGACAGAGUGGAUCCAGAACUACUAACCAAGUAGCAGAAUAACAGAAGAUCUGGAUAAUAUGGCUGAAUCCCUGAUGACGUGAAGGUUGUGAUUAGUGAAAAAGAGAAUCCCAAGUGGAUUGAGGAUGACUGAGGUGAUGAAGGUUGAAGGAGAUGAACCUGGAGGGUUCAGCUUGGAGCCUCCCAUGCCUGCAGGAUCCACAUCAGAACUGGAGAAGACACAAGACGACAAAGAUCCCAUGUCUACUGAUCAGCUGCUCUUGGUAAUUAAAGAAGAGGUUCCUGAUCUGCGGAACUGCAGUUUGGACCAAGAAUCCCCUCACAAAAAGGAGAAAGACGAUGAACUCUGGAGCUCUCAGGAGGAAGAGCAGCUUGAUGAGAAGGAAGAGACAGAUUUCAUUGCUGUUAGUGUGAAGAGUGAAUAUGAUGAAGAGAAACCUCAGUUGUCAGACAAUGAUUGCAUCAAAAUUGAGGAGAACAUGGACACAGAAACUUCACCUAGCAUGACUGUUGAACAGAGGGAAGCAGAACCUGAUGGAGGAUUAGAACCAGAGGUGAACUCUGAUCCAGAUAUGGAUGAAAAUGCUUUGGAUUCAUCUGGGACUGAAGUCAGUGAGGCUGAGGAGGAUGGUGAUUGGCAGGGACCUUUUUCAGGUUAUGAAUCUAGAAGUAAAGAUUGUCUGAAAAGCCAUGAGAGAAUAGCUUCUCAGUCAGACAUAAGCAAUGAUAAGAAACGUAGCACUGGCAAAAAAUGCUUCGGCUGCUCUGAGUGUGGCAAACACUUUAUCUCCAAGCAGUCUCUUCAGAGACACAUGAAGAGUCAGGUAGGAAAAAGGUGUUCGAGCUCUUUAAAUGAGAAAUGUCUGAAAGUCAAACAAAACAUCGAUUCACACUCCAGACUCAUCGGUGAGGGAAGCCAGUCGAAAUGUGAUAAAAAUGGAAAAAACUGUAAUUGUAAAGACAGUCUUCAGUUACACCUGUUGGUACAUGCCGGUGACAAACAAUUUAGUUGUGAGAUUUGCGGCAAACGAUUCAAAAGUAAGUACUACGCUCAAAGACACAUUAUGAUGCACUCUGGAAAGAAACCCCAUACCUGCGAUCAGUGCGGUAAAGGGUUUAUUAAGAAGAGUCAACUUCAGACUCACAUGAGACUCCACAGUUCAGAGAAACCAUUCGCUUGUGACGACUGUGGCAAAGGUUUUAAUCAGAAGUCACACCUUAAAGUCCACAUGAUGUUCCACUCUGGGGAAAAACCAACGGUUUGUGAUCUUUGUGGUAAAUCGUUUAGUGUAAAGUAUUACCUCAAGGACCACAUGAGAACUCACACUGGAGAGCGACCGUUUUCCUGCAAUGUUUGUGGCAAAACCUUCCGGAGGAAAACAAACCUCGACCUGCACAUGAGAGUCCACUUGGGGGAGAAACCUUUCGCCUGUAGCGUUUGUAAUAAGGGGUUUUCACGACAAGGAAACCUGAAGCAGCACAUGAGCGUCCACAGCCGCGACAAGCAGUUUGUUUGCAGCAUUUGUAGCAAAGGCUUCUCACGAAAAGAACAUCUUAAGCUGCACAUCGGCGUUCACACUGGAGACAAAACAUUCGGCUGUAGCGAGUGUGGGAAAAGUUUCCUGCAGAAGAUCCACUUAAGACGACACAUGUUGAUCCACACAGGAGCGAGAGCGUUUGCCUGUAAUGUUUGCGAUGGAAAAUUUAAGCUAAAGCACCACCUUCUGACUCACAUGUUAAGCCACGCAACAGAGAAAUGAUCAAUCAGUGGUCAGUGUUCUGCAUGUCUUUAAGAUGUCUCUAAUCUCUUGCUUUUAGAACCGUGUUCCUGUGUUUUGACUAUUUAUUUAUGGAAAAACGUUGGUGAUACUAUUGACAUCAGUGAUUAAAAACCGUAAACUCCUA